CAUGGUAUAAAAUUGCGUUGGCUUCUAUCUGCAAAAACCCUCUAGUUGCCACUUACACCGGGAGAGCAGAAAGAGAAAACAUGGUAUCGCUAAAACUACAGAAGCGGCUCGCCGCUAGCGUUCUCAAGUGCGGGAAAGGCAAGGUCUGGCUCGAUCCUAAUGAGGUCAAUGAAAUUUCCAUGGCCAAUUCCAGGCAGAACGUUAGAAAGCUAGUGAAGGAUGGUUUCAUCAUUAGGAAGCCAACAAAGAUUCACUCUCGUUCUCGUGCACGCAGAAUGAAGGAGGCCAAGAGAAAGGGUCGUCACUCUGGAUAUGGUAAGCGCAAGGGUACCAGGGAGGCUAGGCUGCCAACCAAGAUCCUUUGGAUGAGGAGAAUGCGUGUCCUGAGGCGUCUGCUGCGCAAAUACAGGGAAUCCAAAAAAAUUGACAAGCACAUGUAUCAUGACAUGUACAUGAAGGUAAAGGGUAAUGUAUUCAAGAAUAAACGUGUGCUGAUGGAAAGUAUCCAUAAAUCAAAGGCUGAAAAGGCAAGAGAGAAGACUUUAUCUGACCAAUUUGAGGCUAAGCGUGCAAAGAACAAGGCAAGCAGGGAGAGGAAGAUAGCCAGAAGAGAGGAGCGUUUGGCUCAGGGGCCUGGAGAGAAGGCACCACAAGCACCUGCCCCACAGCAGACCGAGGGAGCAAAGAAAUCCAAGAAGUGAAUGUAAGACUGAUGAAUGCAGGAGGUUGAUACCUGAGUUAUCUUUAUGUCUGGUCUAGUAGGAGUUUGUCUCUUAAAGUUACUAUGUUUUCAUUUUCUGGGAUAUUUCUUUGAAAUAUAGAAUUUUUGAAUUCCAUGAGCCUUAGUUUCUUUUCUUAUAUGCUAAAUCAUGUUUUUGUUUUAUGAUAAAUUAGUUGGCUAAACGUGGUGGAACUUGCAGUUGUUACGUUGUAACCGCAUGAUUUUUAGUAUUCCAAAUUUUAAACCUAUAUUGGUCCCGUUUUAA